AUGUGGAUCAUAACGAGAGUGAUAGAGUGGAUGGUAGAACUGUCAAAUUUCAUAAAUAAUAACACGUGUGGUCGGAUUUCAGUGAUUUCAAUAAAUAAAUUUCAAAUUAGCAAAAUGACCGAAGAAAAUCAAAAAGUCACAACCGAGGAAACAGUCCACGAGACCAACACAGCUGAAACCGAAAAUGUUGAUGCCAAGGAGUCUACUACUGCUGAAACAAAAGUUAAACAACAAUCAGCGACGAAGAAGCAAACCAAAAAGAAGCCCGCUGAAAACAAUCCAAUACGCGGUUUACCCAAAUCAGGGCGCCCAUGGAAAACACCGAAGCAAAAGUUCACAACAAUUAAGAAGACUACAAAUCGUCUAACAUUCGAAAAGAAAAUGGAGCUGCGUAAUGAAUUGCGACAUAUCAAGGAAUUAUCAAAGGACAUAAAGGAGCAACGCAAGGAAGCGGCUGUGCAAAAGAAUCAACGACGCGUUGAAAAUGCUGAACGACGUUUGGCCAAUGAGCGGCGUUCGGAAGUGGUGCAGGUCAUCAAGAAUCCCGCGAAAUUGAAACGUUUGAAGAAGAAGCAAAUGCGUAUGAUUGAGAAACGCGACAUAAGUCAAGUGAAAGUGGUGUAAUUGAGCGCGUGUAACGAAUCCUAGAGUGAGGACUUGUGCUUAACUCAAUGCGGGAGGGUAGUUUAAGUUUUGUAGUUACUAUACAUAUAUGUAUGUAUAUUUUUGUUAAAAAGGAAAUACAAAAUUGAGUGUACGG